UGUAGGUUGAAUAAUUUAUCUGAAAGCGAAAUUAUUGCGUGAAGAUGAUGCAUAGUACGCAUUGGACAAUGAAACAUGGCAAAAUUGCUUCCAACCUGCUUUACCAUUUGUCCACUUUACAACACACCCAAAAGGCGUUGCAAUACAUUACAUAAAUCUCCGAUCAAAAAAAUUACGAAAAAUAUCUAUUUUUUUAAAUCAUAGGAAUUAUGGUUUAAAGUGGGAUUACAACAGUUGAAGCCUUCGCUGGACAAAGAGCAGUGCCUCCAUGGGAGUACUCAACUCAAGAAGUUGAAACACUGUUAAACGAAGCAUUGCACUAAAGAACUGGGAUUGGCAUGUGAUCCAGGUCCUCGCAUUUUAGUAGGAAAGAUUGAUUGUUUUCGCUGGAAGAGUAAUAUAGAGAUUCUGAUAAGGCGCAGUGAGUUUUGAGAUGUCUUCCAUUUCGGAAAAGAGUAAGCUACCCUCGAAGUUUCUUUCUUGGCUUAUAGUGGUUUCAAUGAUUCUUUUGAUCCUCUCGUCGCUGUCCCUUCAUCAGUUCAGUAACAAUUGUGAUAAUUCUUUCAUAGCCAGAUCAGUUUUUAAUUUUAUUUUGGUUAAUAAUUCAUCAAUUUACUUGAAAUCGAAUGGCAAAGGUGAUCAAAUAAAAAAUCAUCUGAUCCUUAGUGAAAUGCCAAAGAAGGAAGAUACUUGCAUUCACAAGGUUGGUUUUCAAUUUUCUGGUCACAUGGAGAAUAUGGAUGAGAUGGGGCAACACCAUGGGGCAGCGUGUGACCAAAGUCGAGCACUUCUUAGGGUCUAUAUGUAUGACUUGCCCUCUGAAUUUCACUUCGGGUUGUUAGGUUGGGAAGGCAGUGCAAAUCAGAUGUGGCCUAGUGUAAGUAUUUCUAACAGAUUUCCACCAUAUCCCGGUGGUUUAAAUUUACAGCACAGCACAGAGUAUUGGCUUACUCUGGAUCUUCUUGCAUCAAAUACUGCAAAUGUAGUUCGACCAUGCUCUGCAAUCAGAGUGCAGAAUUCUAGUGAAGCAGAUGUAAUAUUUGUACCCUUUUUCUCGUCUCUCAGUUACAACCGACACUCAAAGCUCCAAGGACAUGAAAAGGUUAGUGCCAAUAGAAUGCUGCAGGAUAAAUUGGUGCAGUUUUUAGAAGGUCAGGAUGAGUGGAAGCAACUGGGUGGUCGGGAUCAUUUGAUUGUAGCCCACCACCCAAAUAGCAUGUUAUUUGCAAGAAAUAAGUUGGGUUCCGCCAUGUUCGUGCUUUCAGAUUUUGGGAGAUACUCCAGAAAAAUAGCAAACCUUGAAAAGGAUGUAAUUGCACCUUACAAGCAUAUGGUGAGAACGAUUCCGAUUGCUAACUCGCCGUCAUUCAGUGAACGGCCUAUGUUGAUGUAUUUCCGAGGAGCAAUUUACAGGAAAGACGGUGGAGCCAUCCGUCAAGUACUAUACUACCUACUCAAAGAUGAGAAAGACGUUCACUUUGCCUUUGGAAGUGUUCAGGCUAAUGGGAUAAAACAGGCAGGGAAAGGGAUGGCCUCUUCCAAAUUCUGCCUGAAUAUUGCUGGAGACACCCCUUCUUCAAAUCGUCUCUUUGAUGCCAUCGCUAGUCACUGUGUUCCUGUAAUAAUCAGUGAUGAAAUUGAGCUACCCUUUGAAGAUGUUCUCGACUACUCAGAAUUCUGUGUAUUUGUCCACUCAUCUGACGCUGUGAAAAAGGGUUAUCUUCUUAAUCUCCUGAGAGGUAUCGAGCAAGAGAACUGGACGAAAAUGUGGGAAAGACUAAAGAAGAUCAGUCGACACUUUGAGUAUCAGUAUCCAUCUCAGCCCGGUGAUGCUGUGGAUAUGAUUUGGCAGACUGUUUCACGCAAGAAAUCAGCCACACAGUUAAGUGUUCACCGAAAGAACAGAUACCGCAGAUCACAGUCUUCCUAAAUCCCCAUCUAAGUUGUUAGUACUUAAGAACAUACUAGCAGUAUAUUUUUUAAGAUUUAUACCACUUUCUUUAUCAAGUUCUCAAACAUUUUGUAAAUCCUAUUACUUUCAAGAAUCGUUCCAUGUUGGGUUCUUUGUA